GAUACUUUAAAAUUAGCUGUUGCCCUACCGUUCUAUCCCUAAAUCCAAGUCUCCUUGAAAAACCCCAUCUUUUUCCCUCUUUCCCUUCCGUCAAGUGCCUUAGCUCUAUAGCCAGCAAGCUUCCGCCGCGCAAACUCGCGAAGCUAUUCCCCGCCAUUGACGAAAUUGGCUUGCUUGAAUCCCUUGCCAGCGACAGUCUCAGUUCCGAUUCUUAAACUUAUAGUUCUACUGUUAAACUUUCCUGCGGUUUCGGUCCCGCUGUCAAGAGGCACUUGGGUAAACUUCUUGGUAUUUUCGUGCUCUCCUGGUUCCAAGGUGCGGCCAUUAAGCCGUUGCCUUGAUUGUAGCUUCGGGUUCGUCGCUCUCUCUCUACAUAGCGAUUUCAGAUCCAGCGUAUAAAUUUCAGUGCCCAGAUGGGUGUCAAGCAAGAUAAUGCUGAUCCCGGACAGAUUUUGCCUCCCAUUGAGCAGGAGUUAUCGAAUGAGUUGGAUCCUAAGUUAAAGAAGUACCUUAGAGGAGAAGGUACUAAUUUGGAGGUUUUAAAAGACAAAAAACUGAAAAGUCAACUUUCUGUUAGAGAAGAAUUAUAUGGAAUAUCUGCAAAAGCUGCUGCGAAGGCAGAGGAGUGGCUUAUGCCAAGUGAGGGAGGCUAUCUUGAGGUUGAAGGUAUUGAGAAGCCAUGGAGGAUCAAUCAGCAUUCAAUUAGUUCAGAAAUUAAUAUCUCAAGCUUAAAGAAUCAGCAUGAUAUAAUUAUACCAGAUCUUGGUCCUUACACUUUGGAUUUCAACUCAAGUGGGCGAUACAUGGCUGUUGCUGGGCGCAAGGGCCACCUGGCAGUUUUAGACAUGAAAAACAUGAGCCUCAUUAAAGAGAUGCAGGUCAGGGAAACAGUGCGUGAUAUUGUGUUUCUGCACAAUGAGCUUUUCUUUGCUGCUGCCCAGAAAAAGUACCCUUACAUAUAUAACAGGGAUGGCAUUGAACUUCACUGUUUAAAGGAACACGGUUCAGUGUUGAGGCUUCAGUUUCUGAAAAGCCAUUUUCUCUUGGCAUCAAUAAACAAGUUUGGGCAGCUCCACUAUCAAGAUGUCACAAUGGGUGAGAUGAUUGGUAAUAUACGAACGGGUUUAGGUCGUUCUGAUGUGAUGCAGGUUAAUCCCUUCAAUGGGGUUGUGGCUUUGGGUCAUUCAGGAGGUACAGUGAGCAUGUGGAAACCCACCAGUGCAGCUCCGCUUGUCAAAAUGUUGUGUCAUCCUGGUCCUGUCUCAGCGAUGGCAUUCCACCCUAAUGGCCAUCUCAUGGCUACGUCUGGCAAGGAAAGGAAAAUUAAGAUAUGGGACUUGAGGAAGUUUGAGGUUCUCCAAACCAUACCAGGCCAUGCAAGGGCCUUGGAUUUCAGUCAAAAGGGAUUGCUAGCUGCUGGAAAUGGAUCAUUCGUUCAGAUUUUUGGAGAUCUCUCAGAAUCACAGCAUUAUAGCAGAUAUAUGGGCCAUUCUAUGGUGAAAGGUUACCAGAUAGGCAAAGUGUUGUUCAGACCAUAUGAAGAUGUUCUAGUCCUAGGGCACUCAAUGGGAUGGUCUUCAAUUCUUAUCCCAGGGUCUGGGGAACCCAACUUUGACACCUGGGUAGCAAACCCAUAUGAAACAUCUAAGCAGAGGAGAGAGAAGGAAGUUCGAUCUCUUCUUGACAAGCUCCCAUCUGAGACAAUCAUGCUGAAUCCUUCAAAGAUUGGUACAAUGAGGCCAGUCAAGAAGAAAGAGAAACAAACAAAGCAAGAAAUAGCAGCUGAGAUGGAAGCUGCUGUUGAAGCUGUGAAGGACACUGCUUUCAAGAACAAAACAAAGGGGAGGAAUAAGGCGAGUAAGAGAGCAAAGAAGAGAAAGGAGCUUAUUGAGAGAGUGAAGAGACCUUUGUUGGAGAGACAACUGAAAGAGGAUGAAAAGUUGGCUAAGAAGCCGAAAAUUAGCGAGAAGGAAAAUGCACUACCAACAGCUUUGCAGAGAUUUGCCAGCAAAAAAGCAACAGCUUGAUUGUGCUGAAUUUUGUCAUCCAUCUUUAAACCCUUCGAAUGUAUGAAAUUUUCCUCAUUUGAGCCCCAGUCAUUCCCGAAUUUUGUCUUCCCCGACUAAAAAUAUAUUCAAAUGGUAGUUAUUUAUAACAGAAAUGUGUCCUAAAAUUUUGGUUA